GGGGCGGUGCGAACUGCCAAAAAGUCAGCGGCGUGCGGUUGAGUGCUCAGUCGCAUCAAGCCGAGUCGAAAGGAGGUAGUAGCCAGCAGCCCUGAGCGGAAAGCCACUUACUUCUUAGGCCUUUCCCUAACUUAAGACCACAAAAACCGCCGCGAUGCCUUUCAAGCCCGCUGCUCAGAUCAAGUGCCCGAGGUGUGCGAAGUCGGUGUAUGCAGCUGAGGCGAGGAAGGUUGGCGAUGAUCUCUCUUUCCACAAAGAAUGUUUUAAGUGCAGCAUGUGCAACAAGAUGCUCGACUCGACCAACCUGAACUGCCACGAGACCGUUCUCUACUGCAAGACCUGCCACGGUCGCAAGUUCGGGCCCAAGGGCUACGGCUUCGGCGGAGGAGCUGCUGGCCUCAGCAUGGACACUGGAGCUCAUUUGGACGCCCGCACGGAGGGCUAUGGCUUGUCCAACUACAAGCCUCCUAAAGCGCCUCCUGGUGAAGGUUGUCCUCGGUGUGGAGGUCGGGUCUUUGCUGCCGAAGAAAUGCUCGCCAAGGGCAAGGCCUACCACAGAACUUGCUUCAACUGCAAGAGCUGCCGUAAGCCGCUGGACGCGAUGCUGCAUUGCGACGGCCCUGAUAAGGAAGUCUACUGCAGAGGUUGCUAUGCGCAAAAAUUUGGUCCUCAGGGCUACGGUUUCGGCCACGGUGCAGGAACUCUCACCUCAAAGGGCAACGAAUUCACACCCAUGGUGCGCCCCCACGGCAAUCCAGACUUCGUGGUGAAGGCCAAGGAUGGCGACCAAGGCUGCCCCCGCUGCGGAGGUGUCGUCUACAGCGCUGAGUGCAUGAUGGCCAAGGACAGGGGCUUCCACAAGAAGUGCUUCAAGUGCCUAGUGUGCACGCGUCCAUUGGACUCGAUGACGCACUGCGACGGGGCAGAUGGCGAGGUGUACUGCAAGCUCUGCUACGCCAAGAAGUACGGGCCCAAGGGCUACGGCUUCGCUGCUGGUGGUGGUGGCGUCCUUACUGCGGAAAACAUCCCCGGCGGCGAGAUAACGACCACCAAAUCAGCGGCUGCGGGUGCCAUCGACGUGACUUCGAUCAAGGCCGCGCAGGGCGAAGGUUGCCCGCGCUGUGGCGGCAAAGUCUUCAUGGCUGAGGAGAUCAAUGCCAGGGGCAGGGCGUUCCACAAGCGCUGCUACAACUGCUGCAUCUGCCACCGGCCGUUGGAUUCCGUGGUUGGCUGCGAUUCACCCGAUGGUGAAGUUUACUGCAAACUCUGCUACGCUAAGCGUUACGGACCGAAGGGCUACGGCUUUGCCGCUGGCGGUGGCGGUGUCAUGGUUGCUGAGAAUAUUGCCGGCAACGACGCUCUGCAGGUGCAACAAGUGUCCGACUUCGCGCGCCUCGACGUAUCCAAGAUACGUGCCAAGGAUGGAGAAGGCUGUCCCCGCUGUGGCGGCAAAGUCUUCAUGGCUGAGGAAAUGCACGCUCGAGGCCGCAGCUUCCACAAGCGCUGCUACAACUGCUGCCACUGCCACAGACCCCUUGACUCAGUGUCGGGCUGUGACUCGCCCGAUGGUGAGGUCUACUGCAGACUUUGCUACUCCAAAAAGUACGGCCCAAAGGGAUAUGGUUUCGCUGCUGGUGGAGGUGGCGUCCUCACUGCAGAGAACAUUCCCGGUGGAGAUCAAGGGCCGAGUGUGAACGUGAAUCCGACGUUCGCUGCCAUCGACACGACGUGCAUCAAGGGCGUCGGGGAAGAAAACUGCCCUCGUUGUGGUGGUAAAGUCUUCUCCGCUGAGGAGAGGCUGUCUGGUGGUGGCAUUAAAUGGCACAAGCGCUGCUACAGCUGCCGUAACUGCCACAGACCUCUGGACUCGAUGGUUCUCUGCGAUGGUCCAGACGGCGAUAUCUACUGCAAGCUCUGCUACGCCAAACGCUUCGGUCCGAAGGGCUACGGUUUCGCUGUUGGGCAAGGCGGUGUGCUGGUGCCGGAGAAUGUCGAUUACGAUGACAACGAAGAGGUCGUGGUGAGGUCACAGUACAGCCAGAAUGCUGCCGGUGCGUUGGACGUGACUCGCAUCCAGGCCAAGGAUGGCCAGUCUCGAUGCCCUCGCUGUGGAGGCGCUGUCUUCCAGGCCGAGGCUAUUCCCGUCAGAGGAAAGCAAUGGCACAAGCCUUGCUACAACUGCUGCGAGUGCCACCGCCCUCUGGACUCGAUGACGGGCAACGACGCUCCCGACGGUGAGGUGUACUGCAGACUUUGCUACGCCAAGCGUCACGGCCCUAAGGGCUACGGUUACGGUCACUGCCCCUCCCUCAUCUCUCUGGGCACCGCUGAUGGCACGCCCAUACCAACCGACAUUCGCCAGUUCGGUUUCGGCCCCAAGAUUGCCCAAGGCUGGGUCCCACCAGGAGCCUUCCUUACCCGUGGCUCCCAGGACCGUCUGGACCAAAAUGCGCAGCAGCAGACGACUACCGAAGUGUCGAAACAGACGUUGCCUGACGGGUCUCAGGUGACCAGGACCGUCACGCAGGUGAAGACAACCCAGCCCGUACAGCCAGUCGUGGCGGGCGUCCGGAUUGAUGCCUCAGGCAAGCCCGUCCCGAUAGUGUCUGGCGUGGUGUCAGCCCCAAUGCCAGCCGCUGCUGCUGCCACUGCAGGUAAUGAUGUUCUCGUCACAGAAUCAGAAACUCAGAAGCAGGCAACUCAGCAGCUGGUUCAGCAACAACAGCAGCAAGAGGAGGAUGAAGAUGUAGAAAUCGUGUACGAGGAGGUUGAAGAGGGCGAUCUGGAGGGGGAUGAGGAGGUGGAAUACGUCGAGGAGAUCAUUGAGGAAGAAGAACAGGCUGCAGGACAGACCAUCAGUGCUGGACAGACAGGCGGGUCUUCUACCACGUCCACCACUACAGUCAGGGUCGUAAGCCAGGAUGGUGGCCAGAUCCCAGCCGAGAUGUUGCAGAAGAUGGCACAAGCCCAGUCCGAAUUUUCCCAGCAAGUGUCGAGCAGUUCAAGCGUGCGCAUUCAGUCAUCUUCAUCAACGAGCUUCACGCAACAGUCAUUUAGCAUGAAGUCUGGCAUGAUCAGCUCCGAGCUGGAUCUUUCUGAAGGGGUUGAAGGAGAGAUGGUCUCCGUACAAAAUACAGUCGAAUCUAACCAACAUUAAAUCUUGAGUUCGGUUUGAUGUACUUAGAUUUCUGUCACCCUAUUUUUUUCCAGAUGAAGAUGAAGAAUACGAAUACGAAGAGGUGGAAGAAGAUGAAGAGGAGGAACAGUGAUGACCUUGCUUCUCUAACGAAGAUGGUUUUUUUUUUUUUUUUUGUUCUUAUCAAAUUAAAUGGUUGUUCCAACAGUUUAUGUGCAUUUUUUGUGUGGUAUGAGAAUAUUGUUGUUUCUUCGGGCUAGUAUAUUUUCUCGUAACAAUGAAGUUAACCACAUCGAAUAAGUAAUUUCCUCGGAGGUCCAAAAAUCGGAACAUUUUCUCCCACUCCACUAGACUUGGAAUCGUCUCCCUUCCACUCGGCCUGUUGCGCUCCAAGUUUUAUUUUAUUUUAUCGAACGUCGACUGAAAAAAACCAACGAUUUCUGCUUCACUGGAAACGGUUCAAAUAGUAUAUUGUUCGUAUUCUAAAACACAAACUUUCAGAAUAUGAUUACUAUUUGAGAUACGAUUUCCAGCGGACUACAAAUCGUUAACGCCAAGUCCAAGAGCACCGUGAGUUGUGGUCUCCAUCUCGUGCGAAGCGAAGCUGACGCAUUUUCUGUCUUGAAUCUAGCAAAUCCAGUACUUUUUUUUAAUUUAGCUGUUUGGCUUUUUAUCAAUAAACGCCACUUGCUUUCGUAAGAUGUGUUCCAGCUGUCAGAUGCAUGCUAUCGCUCGCUGACUCCAUUAUUCUGAGGGACCCGGACGAACGAACGAGCCUCUGGCGAAAAUGGGUUUCGUUAGACGAGUCACGUACUCUCUUUACGAAAUGUCAACACUGAGACAUGUGACCUGUGAUGUGUAAACUGGUGCAGGCACAGCAACUAUUCCUGUUUUCGCCGCGUAUGAUCCACUCCUGUACAGUCUAAAUUUAUACGACCCUAUAUGUUACCCGCAUUUGUAGUGAUGCUUCCUUCUCAUGUCAUGCUUCAAGCCUAAUAAAGCGUUGGAUUUGUUUAUGAAGUUAAAAAUUUCAAAAAUAUAACAAUUUGGAUUGUUCCUCAUCUUAGACUGGGUUAGCCACAGCAUCGGGUGAAACGCUGAGUCGUAAAAUUUAUUUCCAUCAUUAUUUUCUGAUUGAAUUGCGUCGUAUGGGCAGCCAUUUCAUGACAGAGUCUAUUUCAGUUGAUGUCGUUAGCAAAGUUAAUGAACAUUCUAACUGCAGUCUCGCGUCGCUGCACGUCGUGUAAGCUACCAUACACGGCGUGCUUACGGCACUGGAAUGCCUCCGCCAUACUGCGAGUAAUGUACCAAUUAUUUUCCAUAUUCCCGCUGUGCAGUGUUUGUUCUUCUAAAAUAUCAGCGGAAAAAUGAGAAUUGUCAACGUCUUAUCUCAUAGUAAUUGUCCGAACCUAAGUUUAAUAUGAAUGAGAUAUACUCUAUCAAUGUUGACAUCAGUAAUGAGAGCAAAAUUUAGAAUCCUUGUCAAUUCGUUACAAUAAAGGAUGGAAUCUUU